AUGACACGAGUUAAUGCUCGCUACACUACAGGCUUGUUAUUGCAGGCGCUUUGGGUUCUAAAGCCAGCGUUGGGUGAUUUGGGUUUUAGCCAGCGUUGGGUUGAUUUGAUCAUGUUGUGUGUUUCCUCUGUUAAAUACUGGGUUGGAGUGAAUGGGGAUGAGGUUGGCCCAAUUAUUCCAGAACGGGGGUUGAGACAAGGUUGUCCACUAUCGCCUUAUCUAUUUAUUCUUUGUGCUGAAGGACUGUCCAAGCUGUUUUGUAAGUCUGAACGAGAAGGCCGUCUCACAGGCUGUAGAGUCUCGAGAGUCGCUCCCCGGAUAUCUCAUUUGUUAUUUGCGGAUGAUAGUCUAUUCUUCUUUGAGGCAUCACGGACUCAAGCUCUGGAGAUUAAAAAUAUUCUAGCUACCUAUGAAGCAGCUUCAGGUCAAGCGGUUAAUUGGCAAAAAUCCGGUAUUUUUUUCAGCUCUAACACUUCUGAAUUGGAUAAGACUGCUGUUACAGGUAUUUUUUUCAGCUCUAACACUUCUGAAUUGGAUAAGACUGCUGUUACAGGGGUUUUUGGUGUGCUUGCUCCUUUGAACCACGGACGAUAUCUCGGCCUGCCAUCGUUAAUUGGUAGGGAAAGGAGACGAGUUUUUUCGUUCUUAAAGGAUCGCGUGAGGAAGUUGAUCAGUGGUUGGAACCAGAAACUUCUAUCCAAAGCAGGUAAAGAGGUACUCAUAAAGGUUGUCGCACAAGCUAUCCCUUCAUUCUGUAUGAGUUCUUUCCUUAUACCGGUAUCUAUUUUAGCGGAGCUUCAGCGACUAAUGAAUUCCUAUUGGUGGGGUGGGAAGAUGAGAUGGUUGAGUUGGGAACGGCUUUGUGUAGCGAAGGAAAACGGAGGUGUUGGCCGUAAUCCAAGUUUUGUAUGGAGAGGGAUUUGUGCAGCCAAAGAUGCUAUCUGUUCUGGUUUUCGAUGGAGAAUUGGAGAUGGUAAAUCAGUUAAUGUCUGGACCGAACCGUGGCUAUUGAGGGAUAAUCAGUUUCGGGUUCCCUUACCUAUUCUUCCUGGCUUUGAGCAUAUACGGGUUUCCGAUCUUAUUUUGACACACGGGGCACGUGCUUGGAACCUGCCACUGAUACACGGUCUUUUCAAUCCUUCAAUUGCUGAAAUUAUUACUUCUAUUCCUUUAGCUACAAAUGUUCAGGAUGACAUUCUUAUAUGGCAUUGGACAGAUUCUGGGAUAUACUCUGUGAAAUCUGGAUACAAAGUAGUAGCAUCUCAUUCUGUGGAUACUGAAGAUGCUUGGCGGUCGAGCUUCGGGAAAUCUCUUUGGUCACUUCAAAUUCCGCCGAAAGUGAGACAUUUUCUCUGGAGAUGUUGUCGCGACAUCCUGCCAGUUAAAGCAACUUUGGCAAGAAGGGGAUUGGAGCUUGACACAGCAUGUGAUUACUGUGGUACUACUGAAACGUUAGUCCAUGCUCUCGUCGAGUGUCCGAGAGUACGCUUUUGCUGGCAAUUUUUUGGUAUUCAGCUGAGUAUUGGGAAUUUUCCAACUUUCUUACAACUGUUGGAACAUUUACAUCAUGUGUGGGAGAACGAAUUUUUUGAGAACUUUGUUAUGGGACUAUGGAGCGUUUGGUUGAGCCGUAAUGCGUUGAAAUGGAAUCAAGUGGAAGAAAGACCUUAUCAUAUGGUUACUCGCGCCAGAAGUAUGCUCGCAUCUUGGAAGAAAGCCCAGCUGAAGUCGCCAGGUUCAGGUACAGGUACAGGUGCUCCUGCAAGUCGAAUUUGGUGUCCGCCACCUAUGGGCACUCUUAAAAUAAAUUUUGAUGCAACUCUUCUCCCCUCUAUCGGCCAUGGAGCCGUUGGUGCUGUAAUUUCAAAUUGCAAUAGCGGGUUUGUAUCAGCAGCAACGUCUUCUUUGCAGGGUUGUCAUUCUCCUGCAGUAGCAGAAGCUCAGGCGUUAAGAACAGUGUUGUCUUGGUUGCUGUCGGGAUACUCCAGCUUGAAGAUUCAGAUUGAGACCGAUUGUCUGUAA